AUGUCCUACUUCCUGCUCGGCCCGCAGUGUGGCCCGAUCCUGGGCCCCGUCGUGGGCGGCGCGCUGGCCGGCGGCCCGUCGUGGCGGUGGAUCUUCGGCUUCUUGGCCAUGCUCGCCGCCGCGCUGUGGCUGGCCAUCCUGCUGCUGCUGCCCGAGACGCUGCGCGCGCGCGUCGGCAACGGCCGCGUCGUCGCGGAUCGCUGGCUGGUGUGGCCGCUGCGCGCCUCGUCGCCGCGCGCGCCCGAGCCCGAGCGUGGCCCGCCGCCGCCCAAGCCGUCGCUGGCCGGCUACUGGCGCCUGUUCGCCUACCCGCCCAUCGGCAUCGUGUGCCUCAACACCGCCGUGCUGUACGCCUCGUACUUCUGCAUCGCCGUGCAGCUGCCCGCCGCCCUGCAGGGCGUGUACCGCUGGUCCACCGCCAGCGUCGGCGCCGGCUACCUCGUCGUCGGCAUCGCCAUGGUCCUCGGCUCGCUCUCCGGCGGUCACUUCUCCGACUGGCGCCGCGCUCGCAUCGCCCGCCUGCGCGGCGAGCACACGGUCACGCCGGAGAUCCGCCUGCUCGAUCAGAUCUGGGGCGUGCUGCUGUGCGCGGCCGGUUUGCUGAUGUUUGGCUGGUUCGUCGACCGCGCCGUGCACCCUGCCGCCACGCUGGUGUCGACUUUUCUAAGUGAGUUGGUCCCAAGACCUCGAUAUUGUGAAGAACUUGACACAUUAACCUCUCCGAUAACUACAGCCGGCUUUGGCAUGUCGUGGAUCUUCGUGGCCUCCAACGCCUUCCUGACCGAGUGCAUCGCCCAGCAGGCCGCCGCCGCUUUUGCCCUUGGCAACAUGCUGCGCAACCCCGCCGCCGCCGUCGCUGCCGCCAUCAUCGAGCCGUUGGUCCGCCGCAUGGGCUGGGGCUGGUGCUUCACCGGCCUCUCCCUCCUGAACCUCGUCGGCGUCGGCGCCUCCGUCACCGUCCUGCGCCUCAAGUCGAGCGGCUGGCGCGAGCAGCGCCAGGCCCGCAUGGCCGCCGCUGCGAAGAGCAAGAGCUGA